CAGGCCCCCUGGGAGACGAGAGCAGCACAUGAAGAGCAGCGUCGGUGGCAGAGAGCAGCUAGCAACAACACUCAUUUUUAGUUAACCGAGCAGGGAAAUUAGAUGAGUGUGUCCACUAUGACUCACUCGAAAGAGAUUUGUCUACGGUUGGUUAGCUGUGUGGGGAUGCUGAGCAGCGUUAGCUAACACGACCGAGCUAAGCUAACUUAUCAAAGCUAAUGCUAACUAACGUUACUGAUAGGCCUGGUAGGUAAACAGAAAGACUAUACAGACUGAAAUGUACAAUAAACCUUAAACUGGGAAUAAGACAUUCAACGUCAGGUGCUUACCCUCGCGGGCCAGUGUGGAUACCCCUUCAUUUUAGCAAAUACAAGAUCUCCAGGUUUGUAUUCUUUUUGCCUGUUGGACCUCGGCAUGUUUCUUGCAGAAAUAGCUUGCUAUGUCCGCCAAAAAAAUAGUAAUAGUUAAGUGUGGUUCGGUGUCCGGUUUGGCCAACACCUGCUGUAAACGAGUCUAGCGUCGAGUAAUCAUUCAAAUGAACCAGGCGCGGAAAACUGGAGCGAGUACGCGGUGGCGGACGAGUUAUUUCGCGGAUCCAGUGGGAUGAAAAAACUGCAGCCUUUGAUAUGGACAACGCACUGGUUUGUGGAGGAUAACGUGGAAAUGUUACGGCUAAACGCUUUAACGUUUCGGUGUUUACGUUAUUCCACAAUUCACUGGCCCUUCCCUCUGUCUGUUAGGGUUUGAAAUUGAAACCGCUUCCCACUUUGCAGACCCCAGUACCUGGAAAAGCUGCAGUUAGCGCCCCUGUCGACCGAAACCUCAAACUGUAGGGUAUAUUCCCAUGUAAAAAAGAAAUUAAAAAAGUACUCAUUUGGGGUAAGCACGCAAAAAAAAAAAAACUAUUUGCUUGGAAAUGUGCAGGGCAAUUUAAUAGAAAUGUAAGGACACAUACUUAUAAUUGAUUUCUUAAAAGAACAGUAGCACAGCCAUAAAUAAAUCGACAACCAUGACUGCCCGGAACCAUCGUCGCAUGUGUUGUCUCCAACCGGAGUCAUGAGAAGCAAGCACUGCAAGCGUGUUGUGAGUUCUGGAAGUGUCCAUGCUGAGGUAUCCGAAAAUGGUCUUUUGACUUUUCCAUUUCCCAUAAAUCCAUACAACGAGCCAAUGUAAGCGGAAGAAUAGUCUGGGACUUAAUAACAACAAUUACAGCCGUUUUUCUGACUGCAACUAUCAGUCACCAUGGGGCUCAAGCGACAGAAAGUAGCCAAGAAAACCAUAAGCUUCUACAAAUAUAACUUCAGCUUCAGAGAACCAUUUCAGAUCCUCAUUGAUGGAACUUUCUGUCAGUUGGCUUUAAAGAACAAAAUUCAGAUCAAAGAGCAAAUGCCCAAAUAUCUGAUGGGAGAAGUGCAGCUGUGCACCACAAACUGUGCACUGAAAGAAUUGGAGACUCUGGGAAAAGAGCUAUAUGGAGCAAGAAUCAUCCUGCAGAAAUUUCAGUCGAGGAGAUGUGCACAUCUGAAGGAUCCUGUCCCUGCUUCAGAGUGUCUGCUGUCCAUGCUCGGGGAGACAAACCCACACAACUACUUUAUUGCCACACAGGACCACACAGUUACUGCAGGUGUGAAGAAGAUCCCAGGCGUUCCUCUGCUCUACAUCAUCCUCAACACCAUCGUGUUGGACAAGCCCUGCCAGGCGUCCCUCGAUCACGUCAAGGCUGUCUCGCUGGGAGAGCUGGUCAGCACGGCACAGCAGCAGAGCAUCCGCAGCCUGAAAGAGGAGGGCAUCGCACAGCAGGACGGAGAGAGGCGGGGAAAAAAGAGGAAGAGGAAACAGAGCAAUCCUAACCCUCUGAGCUGCCUGAAGAAAAAGAAGAAAGGGGGGCCGACACCACCAAAGAAGACAGGGGAGCAGGGGGAGAAGAAGAAAAGAGUUAGGAACAAGAAACGAAAGACGGAGGGAGGAGACAACUUGUCAGCUCCUGCGGUUACAAAUGCAUAGUAUAGCAGGAAGACAGAGACUUUAUCCAUUUGUUUCUUUCAUUGAUUAUAUAUAAAGUUCCACAAUGUAAAAUAUAUGAUACUUGCUGUAGUGUGUUUUCCUGAUGUUAUUAGAAUGAAGCAAUGUUUUUCACACAAUAACAUUUUAAAAUACUGUUCACAGUAUGUUUUUUAUUUUGAAAAAUGUUGCAACAGUUUCAAGACUAAGGACUUACAGGCACAGGACUGAAAUAUGCUCAGAAACAUAGCAAUAUUUUUGAGUCAUGGAAGAUUUGUCUUGGCUUUUUUACAAAAUAAAAAUGCAGGUUUAAGGUUAAGAAUACACUCAGACAUUACAUCAUAUACGGUUUAUAUGGAAGUAGAUAUAAAAAACAAUGCAUUUAGCUGUCUUCGUAGAAGCAUACGUGUGGUCACAAGGAAAUAUACAGUAUGAUGUGUGAUUCCAACGGCUUUUAAUUGAAAUAAAUAUGUCCAAUUAGA